AACACGUGAAAGCGCGACAGAAGCGGGGUCCAUUUGGUCCACCCAUCCCGUCAUUCUCGUCUUUGUCUCGUGUCACUAUCCUGCCUCCCGAGCUCCCAUCCCUGUCCCCCGUCCCCUUCUUCUCAACUUCCAUCCUCGAAGUCAGGAUUUUCACACCAACGCACUCAGGCCACCAUGUCAUCAUCACACGCCUCAGAGGAUCCCUCGCUGGACGAACCGGCGUCGGGACAAGCUGCUCUUUCGUCCUUCAUCUCAAGCUCCUCUAUCUCAACCCGCCAGGAAGACGACGCGCUAUUGCCAGCGCGUGAUGAUGAAUUUGAGCCCUCGCAAGGUCCCUCCCGGUCGCACAAUCCCUCGACCACUCUAACUUUCCGUCAAGAUCCCGAACCACUUCGUGAUCCAGUCCUCCACAAUUCUUUUCUUGGCAUGUCCGAGCUCAUGGACACUGCCGCUAGGCGCGCGAGGAUGCUUGAACAGUUGGGCUCCGAGUUUCAAACUCCUUCGUUUUCCGAUUCUCUCCCACUGACAAGUUCGUCCUUCGAUUCGGAACGUACCGUCACGCUUAAUCCGCCAACCGAAAUCGAUAACAAAAGGCGCUUCAGAUCCUUUAUUGACCGCAUCAACCGACGCCAAUGGAGCUUCCUGAGCGACGAAGUCCAGGGGACCAUUACGUACAACAAAGAAGACAUUUCACUGUACCAGCUUGUGGAAACCUUCAAAGAGGAAUUCUCGCAUAGAUCCCACACCCAAAUGGAAAUUGUCACCCUCGUUGCUGGUACACCGGGAGAAGACGAAGAGCCCGUGGCAGCGAGGUUGAAAGUGAAGGACCUUGUCGUACAAGGACCGCAUACUCGUCUUGGCUAUACGGCUUCGUCACAAAGAAAGCAGACCGAAUACGCGCGACACAUGUUUGUCUACUUUACCGACGAAAGAAUUAGCGAGAUCCAAGAUAUCGUGGACGGAGACGAGAAGCGCCGGCAGUCACCCAACAUUAUUCCGGUUCCCAACUUCAGGCCCCCGCCGCCUCCUUCUUCCAUUGACCUACGACAAUUCUAUGACGACUAUAUCGCAUGUAUCAACGGGAAAACUAUGCAACAAGACUUACACCAGUUUUGCAAGGGGACGGUGGUCUGGAAUGGUGCUGAGAUGGCUCUGAACCACUACGGCCAGUUGAUUGAGAACGCGUUUGACGCCAUUGCCGGCCUCCAGUUUGUUCCACGGACCGUUCUCAUUGACGAGGCAAAGCAGCAGAUUGCUGUCCGUAUCGAAUUUGCUGGGCUGCCCAUCAAGUCCUUUGGUAGUGCCAUGCCCAAUGGGCGCCGGGUGCAUUUCGCUGAGCAUGCCUUUUAUUGGCUCGAACAUGGCAAGAUCUCGCACGUCUUGACGAUUGUUGACUGGGAGGAUUUCAAGUCACAACUCGGUUAUUAGGUAUCCUGUCCCUCGCUGUGUUGACCGAAAAGAGGGAGGAAAGUUGAGAUAUCUCCUCCAAAGUGGAGACGUGAUCUGCUGCAUCUCACUAAUAUUAUUGAUGUCGUCGGCUCCUGGGUGCUUUUUGGGAAGUCAAUAUCU